AUGUCUUCUAUAAAUGAUUCUUGCUUAAUUUGUGAAAUUCCAUCAUGUGGUUAUCAUUUAUCAAUAAAUAGUUGUCGAAGUUGUAGUACAUUUUUUAAAAGAACAAUUCGUGGUAAUAAAAAGUAUAGGUGUCGAAGAAAUACCAAAAAUUGUCCAGUACAUUAUACUAUCAGACAAAAAUGUAAAUAUUGCAGAUUUCAAAAGUGCAAAAAAUUAGGAAUGGUAUUAAGAAAUUCUAGCAAAUUUUGUAGUGAUAGUUCAGAUGGUGAAUUUGAGGAAAAUGAAAUUGAUAGAAAUAAAAAAUAUUUAAAUUCUAAUAAAGAUGAUGUAGAAAAAGUAAUUGAGUCAUAUGUUAAUCAAUGUCGUUUUGAUAGUAAUACAAAUUUAAUAAUAAAAAAUGUUGUAUCAACUUUAGAAGGUUCAAAACUUCCUAUACCAAAAACACCAGGAAUAAUUUAUAAUCCAUUUCAAAAUAUUUGUUUUGGAGUAAAUUUUUACCUAUCUAAGGUAAAUGAAAAUUUAGAUAAAAUAAAUGUAAAAAUAACAAAAUCAAUUACAUUUAGAAAUUAUGUAAUAUUUAGUGAAAGAUGUUGUUGUAUAUUAUCAAAAUCAUUAAUGUUUUCUUCUGAAUUUGCAUCUUUAUCAAGAAAUGAUAAAAUUACUUUAUUUAAAAAUAUAUAUCCAUUAAUAAAUUGUCUGGAGAGAUCAUAUACUUCAAUAAAAUGUUAUGGAAGUACAUCAAAAAGAAAUAUAGUUUUAUUUGACAAUACACAGGCAUAUGAAGAUGAUUUUUAUGAAUUUACUGAUACUGAAUUGUCAGAAAAUUAUAGUAGUCAGGCAGUUGAUUUAUUUAAAAAUCUUCAUAAAUUAUUAAUUAAUGGUGUUUAUAAACCAAUGAAAGAACUUGAUUUAGAUGAAUAUGAAUUUGCAUAUCUUAUUGGAUUUGCUUUAUGGUCAAUAAAUCGUCUCCCUAAUAUUACUGAUGAUGGAAUAAAAGUUUCAAAAAAAGUUUUGAAAUGUUUAAAUGAUGAAUUACAUGUUUAUUAUUAUUUUACAAAACGAUUAGAAAAUUAUGCAAAUAGAGUAUCUCAUAUUGUUGCAAUUAUUGGUGCAGCAGUCAAUUUUUGUGAUAUGAAAAAAGAAGUUAUAUUAACAGGAAAAAUAUUUAAUUUUUUUGAUAUUUGUAAAUUUAUAGAAGAAAGUAUGGGUAAAGAUCCAUCAAGUUGUUGUGAAUUAAUAGACAAUGUAAAAUAA